CCAUGGCAGAGGGAUGAAAGGUUCGGGGCCGUGCGGGUGGGGCAGGGCUCCGCUCACCCAGCACAGCGUUGGGAGCGGCGUGGCGGAGCGGAACCCGGAACCCCCGGUUACGAUGCUUUGAGCUAUUCUGUGGAAAAUGAUGGCAAGUGGAGUGGGAGACAGCUACUGCAAGCAAAUGAGGACAACACGACGGAUGUCCCAGGGGACAGGGGGAAGCUGUAUGUCAGAAAUUGCACUGAACCAGCUCUCCAUGAAUUCCCCAAUGACAUCUUCACGAACGAGGACAGGAGGCAUGGAGCUGUCAUCCUGCAUGUCAUCUGUGCCAUGUAUAUGUUUUAUGCUUUGGCAAUUGUCUGCGAUGAUUUCUUUGUCCCUUCAUUGGAAAAGAUCUGUGAACGCUUGCAUCUCAGUGAAGAUGUGGCUGGGGCAACUUUCAUGGCGGCUGGAAGCUCUGCUCCGGAGUUGUUUACAUCUGUCAUAGGUGUUUUUAUCACAAAAGGAGACGUAGGCGUUGGAACCAUCGUAGGCUCUGCUGUAUUUAACAUUCUCUGUAUUAUUGGUGUGUGUGGGCUGUUUGCAGGACAGGUUGUUGCACUGUCAUCAUGGAGUCUUUUGAGAGAUUCGAUCUAUUAUACGCUGUCUGUUGUUGCACUCAUUGUGUUUAUUUACGACGAAAAGGUUUCCUGGUGGGAGUCCUUGGUCUUGGUGCUGAUGUAUGCCAUCUACAUUGUUAUCAUGAAGUACAACUCUACCAUCCAACACUGCUUGGAAAGGAAGACAAAAAACGCUGCAAACAUGGUGAAUGGAUUGGCAAAUAACACAGAAAUGGACGAUAACAGCAACUGUGAUGCCACAGUGGUGUUACUAAAGAAAGGGAAUUUCCACCGUAAAGCCUCAGUGAUCAUGGUGGAUGAGUUGCUGUCUGCUUACCCACACCAGCUUUCAUUUUCUGAGGCUGGGCUCCGGAUCAUGAUAACCAGCCAUUUUCCUCCCAAAACACGUCUCUCCAUGGCCAGCCGCAUGCUAAUCAACGAGAGACAAAGACUGAUCAACAGCAGGACUUACACCAAUGGUGAAUCAGAAGUAGCAAUCAAAAUACCUAUCAAGCACGUUGUAGAGAAUGGAACAGGUCCAAGCAACUCAUCUGAGCGGGGCGUGAAUGGCACACGGCGGGACGAGGAUGUGGCUGAGGCUGGCAAUGAGACAGAGAAUGAAAAUGAAGAUAAUGAGAACAAUGAAAACGAUGAGGAAGAGGAAGAAGACGAUGACGAUGAUGACCAUGAAGGGCCAUACACACCUUUUGACCUACCCACUGGCAAAAUGGAAAUCUUGAAGUGGCUCUUCACGUGGCCGUUGAGUUUUGUGCUGUAUUUCACAGUGCCCAACUGCAACAAACCCCACUUGGAGAAAUGGUUCAUGGUUACCUUUGCUUCUUCUACCCUCUGGAUUGCAGCUUUCUCCUACAUGAUGGUGUGGAUGGUGACAAUCAUUGGCUACACACUGGGAAUCCCAGACGUGAUAAUGGGCAUCACUUUCUUGGCAGCAGGAACCAGCGUGCCAGACUGCAUGGCAAGCCUUAUUGUAGCAAGGCAAGGUAUGGGGGAUAUGGCCGUGUCCAACUCCAUCGGAAGCAAUGUCUUUGAUAUUUUAAUUGGCCUAGGCCUCCCGUGGGCUUUGCAGACCCUAGCAGUGAAUUAUGGAUCAUACAUUCGGUUAAACAGCAGAGGACUUAUCUAUUCUGUUGGUCUCUUGCUGGCAUCUGUUUUUGUCACAGUUUUCGGCGUGCACAUGAACAAAUGGAAACUGGAUAAGAAGCUAGGGUGCGUGUGCCUUUCCCUGUAUGGCAUCUUCCUGUGUUUCUCCAUCAUGACAGAAUUCAAUGUUUUCACUUUCGUGAACUUGCCCAUGUGCAGAGAUCACUAACGCACGCUGCGGACUGUCAGGAGGAACGUCCUUCUUACCUGUGCAAUACAAACCACGGCUGGCAUCUCCUGAAUGCGGUGCACCUCCAAGUCGUGAAGUAUAUCCUGUCCAUAGGACCUGUGGCCCCAUCUCGGUUUACCCUCUCCCCGACCCUCACAACCUGGAAGAAUCCUGCAUCGAUGUGAAGAUGAAUUUGUUUUUCAACAUUCAUGUGAUUUCUUAGCUCAGUUUUUGAACAGUGACUGGUCUCUAGAUGAACUGGCUGCUAACUGGCAUCAAGCCAGGCAAAACUGGUCUGCUACAAUUCCUUUUUUAAGUUAUUUGAUGGAAGACUAAUCUAAUUUAUGACUUAAGACUAUUGCUACAAUGCAGAAGAGGGUACAUCGUACGGGGGCUGAUUUUUGAGGAGAAUUCUGGGAUGUUUUUGAUUGUGGGGUUUUAUUUUUUCGUUGUUGCUGUUGGUUUUGGUUGUGGUUUUUUAUUGCCUGAGAUCAACAUCCUGUGUUGCAGCUUCUCCUUCUGAGCUCUGGGUCUCCUGUAAUGAUCCAAAAGUCACAGGGCGGUGUAAUAUGGGAAUUCAAUUCAAGGUACUCAGCGUACGAGUGGAUUUACUGCUUAUUAAAAGAAGACUGUCAAGGCAACAGACAGUGACUGCACCAUAAAUAAUGAAUCCUGUACAUGUGUGAUGAAGAAUGGAAGGUAAACGUGGAUUUAAAGGAUAAACACCGCUACCGUUUUACUACUAAUGUCAGUGUUUUAUUAAUAGGGUGUUUGUGUUAUUUCCAAGCAAUAGUUUGAUUGCCAGCCCAAGGAGGGCUACCAAGGAGAUGUGCUGUUUUUCAGUCAUCUACACCUGGAAACGGAAGGUCAGAACUUUAUUUGCUUCAUCAGAUUUCUUGUAGUUUCGGGGGGAUUCUGUAGUUCACUUCUUCUUUGUUCUGAGGACAUCAGUAUAUGUCAAAACUUUUCUAAAUGAGUUACAGACACUGGUUUCUUUAAAAGGAAAGAGGCAUAUUUUGCACAGACAUAGAUACUGAAGUCAUUGUUUGCCACUCUUUAAAGAAUACACUGGACCUGGCCAGAUAUUUGUCUUUUUCUUAAACAGUUGAACUUCUCUGAUGGCAGAUCAUGUGGAUUCAUCACACCUCCUCUGGGAGGGAAGAAGAUGGAGAGAGAGAGAUGGCACUUUUAAAAUGUGUAAUAUCUACAACGCAGACUCGCUCACAGAUCUUAAGUUAUUGUGAAGAUUUAGCUAUUCAUUGUUCCAAUAUCCCUGCUAGAUUUUGUAUAAUUCUAUAUUAAUACACAGGCAGAUUCGACCCCAUCAGGAACACUGUCACACCUACAUUUGUUUGUGUUGUUACUGUGGAUUCUUGCCAGCGCUGGCUGUUGUAUUUACUUUAAGCACUGAUCACUUCUGAUUCUUUUUUUUCCCCGUUCUUGUAUAUGUUCUACUACAAGUGUGUUAAUAUAAUACCAGCUAGAUGAAUGUUUUUGUCUAUGGUACAAGCAAUGGCAAAUAUUGGUAAUAAAGGCAUAGCAAACCCGAGGAUUAAAAAAACAAACAAAACACAAAACAAAACCAUAGAAUCCUCCUAAAUCUUAGCAGGAAAAAAACAAGCCACCACAAACUAAACGAAGAAAAAAAGUCCUAUGCACAAAGAUAAAACCAAUUAUUAGUUUGUUUUCACUCCUGGAUGUUUGUUUUUGCUUACUUUUCUUUGGACAAAAAUGAUGUAUAUCGAAGUAUUGAUACCCUGUGGCUUCCAUUCAGCUCCACACCUCUUUUACUUUCUUGGUUAUGUUGAAUGUGUGGAUCCUUUGGCAGCCAUUGCACUUUGCCCAUUGGAGAAGUCCAUCGGAAAAAGCCAUGACCUGCUGGCCACGGCAAAUAAAGCAUGUUUGUGGAUCCCUGGCAAGAAGAUGGGUGGGCCCAGGGUCAGAGAACAGAGCCAUUGGCAUGCCUGUGUUAUUAUUUAUUCUGGGAAGUAGCUGUCUUGCUACCUGUUGAGCCAUGCAGCCUGUUGUUGGUGCAGUCCUCUCGUCACUGUGCCCAUGUUAGGAAGCCUGUUGAACCUUCUUGUUGCUUUUCUUUCAUUUAUCUUUUUUCUUUUUUUUGUGUGGUCAUUUCUUUCCUUCUUUGUUAAUGAGAUUAAUAAUAACCUCUAAAAUGCCUAAAAUACUUCCUGGAAUCAAAUGAUGUUAGUACCAAUGUGGCACGUUUCAAUAAAAUCCACCCCACGAAUACGUAGCUAUCCUCCUUGUAGCAAGAUGCAGUUGUUUGGAAGCAGAGUGUUUUCCUUGCUGGCAGAAGGAACAACAGAUUUGGGGGAAAACAAAACAAAAGUUCCACGUCAGGGCCUACGGGGCCUAUUAUUACUUCUAUUUUGAGUAUUUAUACUGCUGCUCCAAUGGAGCCAGUUGGAUCUAUUUCUACGAAAUAGCUGUUACCUAUCCCACGGCACAAAAACCGCAUGAGUAUUUUUUUAGGAGCCUUUUCCUACUGGUGUGCAUUAAAUACUGUAACGUAUCAUAGCUUUGCGUUGAGCGUGAAACCUGACUUUUGUUUAGAAGCUCGUGCAUUGUGCAGGAAUAUGCUGCGAGCCGUUGUUUGCAGAAUCAGAAGGUCUCUUGAACUGCCAGUAUCUGUGCCAUGUACGACGUGGUAAGCACUUCCUAUGCUGAUAGUUCCAGUGAGAUGUGCUUAUGAUUUGCAAUCAGAUCAACCAGCGCUGACCUGGUUUGGAACAGAAAAGACCAACUGAAUGUUUUUGUCUCCAAAAAGGAGAGCCUGACAAGUUUGUUAGCUUGAGGAAAAGUCCCCAAAGCAAAAAACUUAAGUUUUUUUUAGCAUCCACCCAGAACUCAGACAGUUCUACUGGGAUGCAGGGUGUGUUAAUAGCUUUUACUGAUGGAGCCAAGGGGCUGUUUCCCUCCCCAGCUGCAGGCUGUGUGGGGAAGGCUGCCGCUAGGCCUUGCCUUCAUGCUGAGAAAGGCUACAGGCCCACAGCGGCACAGAGCACCACAGUGACUGCCCACAUGGGGCAGGGAGGUUAUGGGGUGCCCGGCAGCAGUGCCGUGGGCUUGGGGCACUGGGCUUAGCUGUGGUUCGGAACACAGCAGUGAUUUGGAUUCACUUUUUGCUCUUAAGAAAGCAAGGGUCAGCUUUAAGCUUGAGGCCACUCUGGUCUUGGGACCUGUCAAGUGGUUUUGGUCCCAUUCCUGGUGGUUUCAGGCAAUCCUUAAUGAAUGUUUUGAAGGGAGAUGAAAGAGCUUUCUCCUCAGCUUGCUCCAACCCAAUUGCAUCUCAGCUGUCUUUUGUCCCUACCAAAGCUGAUUUGUUAUCAUUUAUUUUCUUUAUUGACACACUGCACUUUCUGGUAGGUUGUUACUGCUGUACGAACACUGAUCUGACGUGUGUGCAUGAGAAGGGGUUGUCAAUGAUGUUACUGGUGUUUCAUUUUGGGUUGUUUUUUUUUCCCCCUCUGUGUUUACACUCGCCUGCCUUGUUUUUAGGUUCCUGUCCACAGCUACGCCAUUGAAAUUAAUUAGCAUGCUUUGGAUUUGUGUUGUUUGUGCCUGUGAGAAUGAACACCCAUCCUUAACAUACAGAUGCAUGACUGGCUUACUGUUUUACUUUAAAUCAAGAACGAACAAUCUAGUUUUAGAGUGGCAACAUUCAGCAUUAUAUGGAGGGUAACAUUGACUAUCCUGCUGUCAGACGAGCAAUUUUGGUGUGAUUGUUCCAAAUAACCAUAUUAAUGCUUAUAACACACAAUGUAGACUGAAUAUUGUUGGAUAGCUUUUGAGAGAAAGGUCACUUUCUGCUGACUGGCAAGUGUUUCUUAUUUACGUGUUUUUGGAAAGCCCUAAUACCUUUAUACACAAGACCUCAGCCACUUUUCUUCCAAUCAGAGAAGUGAGCAUCCCAAGUAUAAUGCAAGCCUUAAAGUAAGACUGAGUGAAAACUGACCUCUACUGAAAGCAGCAACAAAACUCCAGUGAUUUAUUUCAGGGUCAAUCUACAUAUUCACAGCAGUAAGUCCUGAAAAGGGCUGUUGUUCUGUGUCUUUGUAAAGAUGAAUGAACUCUUUAUUUUCUGUUCGGAAUAGGUGAAUGAAUACCUAUUAAUGGAUUGACACCUCUAAGAUUUAUGUGAAUAUUCUGUUCAUAGCAAGCCCUUAAUGGCCUCACAUUGGAAGCAUAUUUUGUAGGUGCAUCUGCUUCCACCCAACCUGCUCUGACUUGUUGGACUGAAUCUCCAGAAUCCAUAUCAGGUGUGGGCAAAUCCAUGUCAUAUGGACAAGUAUUCACAGGAAAGCAAUCAGGGAAGAUAAUAGCAAUUUCUUUCAUUGCACACCAGUAGAUAAAAUUUGGUUUUAAAAUCUAUUGUUUACCACCCUGAAUUAGCUUGAGAUCGUGGCUCGGUGUGUUACCAAGAUUGUUUUUCUCCUAAACCAAGUCAGCACCAUAUCAGACACUGUGGAGAUAAUUAACCCUGUCCCAUCUGAAACCAGGACAGAAACUAGGGCAGAAGCAUCUAAUUUCAGGGAAGCCUCUUAGAAAGCACAACUUGUGUAAAGCUCCAGAUUUUGUAAUGUAUUUAUAUAGCUAAAUUUAUCAUGGUAUAUUUUAGGUAAUUUUACUUUUUUCUAAUAGCCUUGCAGAACUAGUUUUAAUAGGUUCUGGGGCCUGUAUGGGUUCCACACCGAAAGAAUCUGACAGAAAUCCUGUCAAUGUCAUCUUCAUUUCAUCAGGUAGAGUUUAAGUGGUGCCAGAAAUCGGCGUAGGAAUUUUAUAUCAGCAGUUUCACAUCACCUUUUUCUUGCCAGUCGCAGGAAACAAAGUGUAAUGGUGCAUGCCUGAACCUAUGAGGACAGUGGUAGCUGAUUAUGGAUUAAUUCAGAUACUGAGCUUUUGAGGUUUGAGGUUUUCCAUCAGCACGUCUGGCAGAUAAGGCAGGCAGCUUGGCUUCCCAGCAAAGUAAUUCCCACUGCUGGAUGUUUCGUUGAUCUCAUCUCAUGCUAUAAUGAAAGCAGGAGCCUGCCGGUACCCCCCCUUUGUCUCUGAAAUACCAGAGCCCUGCUUAACUUGAAGCUUGUGCAGAAGUCUGUGUAUUGAAAGAUAAGCACGCGCUGAAGUGUUUUAAUGCAAAGUUCAUUUUAAUGAAUCCAACUCUUUGGCAUCACCAUUAAGCACUCAGCAAAAGCAGCACUUACUCAGAGCAAAGGCUCUCAUCAGGAGCAGCUGCAGCAAAAUGUUCCUGUUUGAAGAGGUGGGUGAAAUUGUGUGUGAUUAAUGAGUAGAUAAGUCUGAUGAGGAGGACCUGUAUCAAACGUGCCAUGGGUUAAAAUAAAGAAGGUGACUUUGAAAAGUC